ACGUUUGGUUAUAUUUCACAACAAAACAACGCACUCCUCACGUUCCUCAUCCUCUCUUCCUCAAUCUCCUAAAAAGCUCCCACCCUUUCUUCUUACAAAACUCUCUCCCCGAUCUGCUUCUCCGUCAACGUCUCCGAUCAAUCUCAAUCAGGAUAACUUUUGUAUUUGUGAGAAGAUGUCUACCGUAGCCAAGACCAAAUCUAGAGACAAGAAGGUUGUGAAUGAAUCACAAAAGACACCUAGUAAAGCUUCAGGAUCAAUAGGUGGUGCUUACAAUCCUCUCUUAGGGACAUUCCAAACCGUUGAGUCAAACGGUUCCUCAUCGCUUCAGAACAACGGACGUUUCAAGAACAUUGAUGAGUCAGAUUCUAACUGUGACUCCGCCUCUAAUAACGGUAGCUGGUCUGGUGAUUCGGAAGAUCACAAAGAGAAACCAGCGGCUACUACUACUACAGCGAAACAGGAGACCAUUCCCGGAGCUGAUAAUGACAAGAGGGAGAAGAUGCGACUGAAGAACGAGAGGAAGCAUCAGCGUCAGAAGGAGAAGCGAGCUCAGGAGUUGCAUGAGCGGUGCUGUCAGUUUCUCAUGUCGAGGAAGCUUGAGGUGCUCGCUCAGCAGAUUAUAGUUAUGGGGAUUACUCAUGAGGAUGCAACGUACGCUCUUAUGUUGAAUGAAGGGAAAAUACAGGAGUCUAUUAACUGGCUGUUUGAUAAUGAUGGAGCAAAUUUAGCAGAUAAGAAGCUGGUUCCUACCUCCGGGAACUUAAAACUUGACAUCUCGCAAGAGUUGAGUAGGAUCUUGGAGUUGGAAACAAAAUAUAAGUGCUCCAAGCAGGAUGUAGAAAAGUCAGUGGUGACAGCAGAAGGGGACAUUGAGAAGGCGGAAGAAUUUUUAAGAAGACAGAAGCAAGAGCAAUCUACUGCUUCUAUAAAAGUAGUAGAGGAUGUUAGUAAUAGUGUUUCUGCUAGCAAAGUCCCUUCUCUGCGCACAUCAAGUCAGAACUCAGUAGCUCAGUUGCAACCUAACUCAGGUAUGUAUCAUACAGGGGGCGAAGUAGAGAGAAAGAAUCUAGGUUACCCGAGAGUAUCCAGCUACAUUAACGGAGAAUCUGUAAACCAUAGUGUAAAUCCGUUGGAUCAAAUUAACAUGAAAAUGGAGUUGAUGAAAAUGCAACAGAAUACUGCCAUGGAAGAGAAGAAACGCAUGUCAUAUCAACAGACACCUCUGCCACGGCCAACAGAAGAAACGCAUUAUGGUGAUCAAUUCAAGAGAGUACAACAGCAAGAAAUGAGGGAACCAGUUGCGGUGAUGCACCAACAUCAACUACAACGGUCUCAGUCCGCUAAAGCAAAUGUGGUACCUGUCUCUUCCAUGAAUCCAUCCUUUACCGUAGCAGCUACAGCAGCAGCAGCAGGUGGUGGAGGGAGCGGUUGGUAUCCUGCAAAUAGAUCUGAAGCGGCUCAAUCUAACGGUUACUUGCCCACAAGAACUCUACCUCCUACUGAUCUUAACCCAAACCUGAUGUACCAGCAACUUCAGUAUCAACAAUAUCAUGGCCAAGUGAACAACGGACACAGAAUGGUGGGGGCUUCUGCACCGCAUGCUGUGGCUCCAGCUGCUUCUCUUGGUCUCUUCUCUGGGUAUGGAUCUACAACACCUUCAUCUGGGCUGGAGUGGAGUACGGAUGGGUCAGUGGAGAAAUUGGAUUACAAUAACAUUGAUUGGAGUUUAGACAGAGGCCUAGCUUGUCCGAGACCAAACCAACAACAGUACAUGGAAGCAUCCCCAUAUGAAGCAAACAUGAAUGGAAGGACAAGAAUGAUGGGGAACGGGAAUGGGAUGAGCAUGGCAAUGGGAGCUCAAGAAGCUGCUUUAGUUGGUAACGGGAGAGAAUGGACAUCACCGUUUGAGGGUAAAGAUCUGUUUAGUUUAUCUAGACAGUAUGUACCUCCUUCUCUUUGAAAGUGAAAGUUGGUUCUAGUAAUAAUGAAAAAAUGCAAUGGGAGAGAGAGAUAAUGGAUGGAUGGUAUGAGUUUGUGGUUACUAGUGUUUCUUGCUUGUUUGCUCAAAAAUGGAUCUUUCAAAUUUCCUAAUAUUUUAAUCCC